AUGAAAGACGUCAUUUCCGGAAUUGUGAAAACGGUCAGUGAGUUAUUCGAAGAUAAGGAUGAAUGUACAGACAUGUUAGCAAAUGUUACCACUGGGUCAGGAAAAGGACAGCCGGACAUUGACAUCGACGUAUUUAAUGGCUACGACGACGGUGAAGGCGGUUCGUCAUCGACUGUAGUCGGCGUAAAGGUCCACUAUAGCUACGACGAUUGCCUGGCUGACAUCAACACGGCGUACGUACCUCUGCAGAACGCACGGAUAUGGUGUCUCCGGGUCGUCCUCUGGCAGUAUAAGAAUGAUCUGUUUAGCGACGACUUUGCGGAGGACUUGGAAGAAGACUAUCCUUUACAGGAAUCUGAAGAAGACAAUAUCGUUGCCAGGCAACAGCGCAGCAUUCGGCAAAUAAGACGAAUUGCACCGCGCAAUAUCACGUCCCCUCGCACAGGUUUCCGAACGCGACGGGAGUACCGCACGCUCUCUGCAGAUGAAAGGGCACGGUUCCAUAACGCCUUAAACCAGCUGUAUCAAGAUCAGACGAUGCUCUGCUUUGCCUUGGUACAUAGAAUGGCAAUGAAAAGAGGGGGUGCACACGGAGGAAACGCAUUCCUUCCCUGGCACCGAGCAUUUCUUUCGCUUUUUGAGGAGGCAUUAAGACGUGUAGAUGACCGAGUGUUCCUACCCUAUUGGGAUAGUUCAUUGGAUGACAACAUGCCUGCCGGUCCUGGAUUCUCAAUUAUGUGGGACGACGAUCAUUUGGGGACUGGGUCAGGCGUAGUCGACAGCGGACCAUUUGCUGGCUGGGAAGCUCGGGAAACCCCAUUGAGGCGAGAUAUAGCCCGAGGCGUUGGUUCUCUUAUCCGCCAAUCCAGAAUUGACUAUCUCAUGGGAUUCUGUCGACUAGCGGACUUCAACGGACGGUGGGAGGGCUCUCACAAUAGCGUACACAGAUGGAUAGGUGGCACUAUGGCCCGUAGCAUGGCAGCUUCCGACCCUAUCUUCUAUAUGCACCAUGCCUUCAUUGACUACCAAUGGGAAAUAUUUAGGCAGCGGCAGAGGGAUAUAUGCGGGAUAGAUCCAGCGUCUGAUUACCCGCCAGAUAACGAUAAUAAGCCGGAGCAUAACAAGGAAGAGAGGAUGAUAGAAAUGCGUUUUCUUGAUAAUAUUGAUGGAGUCAUGGACUUUUGGACGGACAAUUGGUUUGAUUAUGAGGAUUCACCGAGUUGCUCUAACAAUUGUGGCGGAAGUCCUGAUCUAUUCUGUGAUGAAGAUAUCAAUCUGUGCGUGUCGGAAAUGAGGUUUGACAUCGGAAAAGACUUAGGGGAAAGUGGAAGGCGUAAACAACGGGAAAUCAGUCAUGACGAUAUGCUUGCAGACGGGGUUAUUCCUUAUUCUGGCGAGUGUACGAAAAAUCCAUACGGAGUUACUUGCGUUAAUCCUCCCCCGCCCACAUCGGACGAGGAGAUGAUUGAAGCUUUGGCACGAGACGAAGAGUACAAACUUCCGGAAUCGAUAAAGAAGGUCGACAAAGUCGUGCAAGAGAAUCUACAAUAUGCCAACGCUUUGCCUGUUGAGAGCGAACAGAUAAUAUUCCACGCAAAUCAGGAAGAGAGUAACGAUUGUCGGAACCUUGAGAAGUGCACAUAUGACUUAUUGAAGGCCGUCGUAAAGGGUCGCAAGAUUACUAAUAGAUACGGGAAUCACCAAACAGCUUUGACAACGACUCGUCGCCCUCGUCCUGUGACAACCACUCGUCGUCCGAGGCCGCAAAAUAAAAUUCCAUACGGUUAG